AUGGCAGAUAAUUUAGCUAAUCCGAAUGCAAGCCCUUCAUCAAAUUCCGCUGCAGAUUUUGAGAAUUUCACCGCUUUCAUGCGUCAAUUCUCUCAGUUCCAGUGGUCGCACGAUAUGUGGAGAGCACUCAGAUCGAAGAACAAGGUAAAAUUUCUCGAUGGAUCCAUUCAAAAACCAGGUGAAGGUGAUCCUAAUUUUGAAGCAUGGGAUAGGUGUAACAAUUUUCUCCUCUCCUGGAUCAACCUCUCUCUCAGCCCUGAAAUCGCUAAGAGCGUGAUGUGGAUUAGCUCAACUCUAGACUUGUGGAAUGAUUUAAAACGUCGUUACUUUCGAGUUGGUGCGUUAAAAGAAGAAUUUUAUGCACUCAAACAAGGUGAUCUUACUGUUACCUCUUACUUUGCUAUGUUGAAAGCUAUUUGGGAAGAAUUAGAAAAUUCACGUGCUAUUCCUAGUUGUGUUGCUUGUGUUAAUGGAUGUCCAUGUGGAUUACGAAUUGUUCGAGACUAUGCUUCUGAGGAAUAUGUUGUCAAAUUCUUAAAAGGAUUGAAUGAGCAAUAUUCAAAUGUUAAAUCACAAAUCAUGCUAAUGAAGCCGUUACCUGAAAUCAACACAGUACUAUCUAUGUUAACCCAACAAGAGCAAGAAUUGAAUUGUGACCCGUCAAAUAGCAACAUAGUGACUAAUUCUUUAGAGGUGCAAACCUCAACUGGAGGCGGUUCAUUUUCUGAAAAAGGCAGAGGCCGUGGACGAAAUUCAGUCAGAGGAGGAAAUCAAAAAUCUUAUAGUCGAGGCUACACUUCAAAGUUUUGUAGCUACUGUAAUCGAAUUGGUCAUUUAGCAGAGACAUGCUAUAAGAAAAAUGGCUUCCUACUCACCAAAAGCAGCGAGUAG